AAACCGACGCUUGCUGAAGCACAGGUACACUGCUUCAUUCUCUCUGUAAAGUAUCGCAGCACUGUUCGAUAAGCAGGUUUCGAGUUCCCUGUCCAAUGGCUAACGGCGAGGAUUUUGAGAUAAGGAUUUUGAAUGAAGACGACCUGAAGGAUGUGUUGGAUCUCAUGCUUUCUUCAAAUUACUUUGCGAGAGAACCACUGAAUCGUGGGCUCAAGACAACAGCUGACGACUUUUUUGAAGACAUGAAACCAGUUAUCCGCACUUCCCUGACAUCAGGAGUCUCUGUAGGGGCGCUUUCGAAGCAAACCGGAGAGUUGGUGGGCAUGCGGCUGAGUGACGUGGUGGCCAGGGAGCCCUCGAAAUGCAUUCCUAAAGACUCACCGAAAACAGAGAAUGCCCAGAAAAUGAAGAUGAUCCUCUCCGCCGUUCCUCCCGCCGAACAUCUUUUUGAGGAUCCGCAGGUCGAACGUAUCCUGCGCACCUUAUUCUUCACCGUCGACAGCAAAUAUACCGGCAAAGGACUUGUCACCAAAUUAAUUCAGGCAUGUCACGAAGCAGCUAUAGCAGUUGGGUGUCAGGUAGUCUACACAGUGGUAGUGAACAGCAGUCUCCAGCGUUCCCUUGAACAACUAGGCUACAAGCUCGUGCACACGCGGGAGCUGGGCCUCCCGAAGUACCAAGGGGGACCUUUAUUGCACCUGGAGGAAAUGGGGGAUAAUCUUACCAUUCGAGGUUAUGUUAAAGACCUCCUUAACGAUACACGACGCCAGAGCCAUCUAUAGGACGAAUGCGAAGCCUCCAGCAUACCUUUCGCCAACUUUACCCCAAUCUUUCCUUUUUUUCCCUUAUUCAUUUCUCAUUUACUAAACCUUGC